AUGCUCGACCUGGAUGUACAAUCUGUAGGAAGCGACGACGAGGACGCACCUGCCUCGAAGGUUCGCGCAUACAACGCCCUUCUCCAAUCUUUCCAACAAGAAUCAGACGAGCCUCGUCGCAAGCGUAGAAAGAUCGAGGAAACACCCAAGGAAGACGAGAGUGACGAGGAAGAGAUUGACGGCUCAGAUGCUGCUUCAGAUGCGUCAGAGAUCGAAGAUGGGGCCCAAGACGAAGACCAAGCACAGGAAGACAGAGACAGCGAUGCCGAAAUCGACCAAGACGAGGUCGCCGACGACGAGGAUGAAGACCCAACGGAUCCAUUCGACCAACACUUUGCGAAUCCUGAAGCCAAUGGUCUCGCUCAACACAUCAAAUCAGUCACCGACAACCAGUGGCGCUCGGCAAAGCUCAAGGCUAUAAAAGAAGAUAGUGCGACCAGUCUAACCCUUUCUCUUCCUGAAUCGGCCCCUGCCUCGGCACGGAAAUCUCUCAAGUCGGUCUCGCAGCUCAAUCUCAAGCAACGCAUUCUAGAGCCAGCAACGAAACACAUCGGUACUUUCAGCGAGCUGGGACGGGAACUCGCUUCCUCGAUCUACACCUACCAGGAUGUGCUCUGUGGUGCUAGGACAGUCGAGAAUGCCUCUGAGCUUAGGCAUAUGGCUGCUCUACAUGCUCUAAAUCAUGUCUACAAGGGCCGCGAUCGCGUACUGAAGAACAACUCUCGUUUGGCUGCAGCAGAAGGAGAUGCCGACCUCGAACUACGCGACCAAGGCUUCACCCGUCCCAAGGUCCUUGUCUUGCUUGAGACUCGCAGUGCCGCCGCGAAAUACGUCGAGGCUUUGAUCGCUCUAUGUGAGCCCGAACAGCAGGAGAACAAGAAGCGUUUCGAGGACGGUUUCGUACUGGACGAGUUGAAGUUUGGUGGUGAAGGAGACUCACAUCCUGCUGACUUCCUAGAACUCUUCGAGGGCAAUGAUGACAACGACUUCCGUCUGGGCAUCAAGUUCACUCGCAAAACUAUGAAAUUCUUCUCGCAGUUCUACGCUUCAGAUAUCAUCCUUGCCUCGCCUCUCGGUCUUCGCCGCAUCAUCGAGCACACCGAUCCCAAGAAAGCGGACAGCGACUACCUCUCCUCGAUCGAGAUCUGCAUCGUCGACCAAGCAGACGCCAUGCUAAUGCAGAACUGGGACCACGUAGACUUUGUCUUCCAACACCUCAACCUGCAACCCAAAGAUGCACACGGCUGCGACUUCAGCCGCGUACGAAACUACUACCUCGAUGGCCAAGCCAAGCACCUGCGCCAAACCAUCAUCUUCUCAGCAUACAUUGCCCCCGAGCUCAACCGUCUUUACAAUGCCCACAUGCUUAACAUAGCCGGAAAGGCAAAACUUGCACCUUUCUACCCGGGCGUCAUCGGCGACAUGGACCUCGAAGGCAUGAAACAGACCUUCUCCCGCUACGACUCAUCCUCACCCCCUACUGACCCCGACGCACGCUUCAAAUACUUCAACACGGCCGUUUUGCCCUCUUUGCUGCGUGUACCAAAACCUUCAGAUGGCGGACCCGGUAUCCUUCUCUUCAUUCCCUCAUACCUCGACUUCGUGCGCGUAAGAAACUACUUUGCAAACUCGAACGAAACACAACACAUUUCCUUUGGGGCCAUCAGCGAGUACACACCCGUGCCUGAUCAACGCCGCGCACGCAGUCAUUUCCUCAGUGGUCGCCAUUCUGUUCUCCUUUACACAGGGCGCGCUCAUCAUUUCCACAGAUUGAGGCUCAAGGGGGUGAGAAGAGUGGUGUUUUAUGCAUUGCCCGAGAACCCUAUAUUCUAUACUGAAAUCGCCAAGGGCUUUUUGGGGACGAUGGUUGCGGAGGGGAAGUUGGAGACGUCGGAGGCUGGUGUCAGGAGUAUCUUCUCAAAGUGGGAUGGAUUGAGGUUGGAGAGGAUUGUGGGGACUAAACGUGUGGGAGCCAUGUUGAGGGAUAAAGGUGGUGAUACCUUUGAUUUCGUGUAG